AUGUUAACUGCAGUCACUACAGCUACAAGUAUUAGCCUUUGCCAAUACCAUACUCCCUAUUCAGAUAUUGAAGUUAUUCUGCAUCCUAGAAAAUUUCUCUUGUUUUUCCAAAAUGCAGCCAGCACCCUCAAUGCCCGCACCCUCGGCUCUCUUGGCCGUCUAGAAGAACUUGGUGCAAAUGCAGAAUCACAUGGCAUUGAUAUAAUAGCUGUCCAAGAACACCGAUUUUACCACCCUGACAACAUCCUCAAAUACCAUCAAGUCGGUUCUUAUCAACUUGUAACCUCCUCAGCAUCAAAGAAUACUGUUAAUUCAACAGUUGGAGGUAUCGGAUUUCUACUUUCAUCAAAGGCUAGUGAUACUCUCUUGAGUAUAGAGUCAAUCUCACCUAGAAUUAUGGUGCUUGAGAUAGAUGGAAACCCAAAAACAACAUUGGUAUGUGUGUAUAGCCCACAUAAUUCGUCUGUGGCAGACGAGAUUGAGAGUUUUUAUACAACCCUUCGUUCAACCAUUGAGCAAGUACCUCUCCAUAAUUUUCUGGUUAUAGCUGGUGAUCUGAAUGCUAGACUAGGACCCGAUGAGACCAAGUUUACUUUCAACUCUAAAACCAAUCGGAACGGAGAAAUGCUCAAAGACUUCUUGGAGGAAUUUAAUCUCUACACCUCCAACAAUUCUUUUAUGAAACCAAAAGGUCAACUUUGA